GAAUUAGGAGGUGAAAUUCAUAUGGUUUCUAGGUGUGAAUUCAGGAGAACAAGAAAUGUAGGAGUUUUUCCCGUUUCUGUUGAGUUAAAUGCUGAAGCAAUAAUAAGUUCUGCGGUUGAAUGA